AUGCCGACUCUCAUCUCCACACACGAGAAGCUCAAGUGGCCUAGGUCAGAUGGUGAUCCCUCUCGUUGGCCAGCCCGCGAGCUCAGUGGCAUCGCCGGGUGGUUCGAGCGAUGUACUCCAGGCGACACCAAAUAUACUCUGUACGAGGAGAAGGUGGGGCAAAUGUUAGCGGAACAUCUUGGCAUACCUGGUAACGGAACGACUCAUCGAAUCUCAUUACCUGAAGGUUACGCCUUAUACAGUCAUAACAAACCUCAGAGCGAAGGUUCGAUACGUACAGACGUUUAUCUCUACGGCUCUACACAUGUCACCAAAUUCCGAUCACCGGCGGAAUUCUUUGAACAUGCUCAAUGGCUUUUUGACACCUCGCGACCUCUUUCCGACCACACCAGAUGUGAAUGCAGAUACAAUUCGACUUCAACUAUCGCCCAGGCUAAGAGACAGAAAAAUGCAGGUGGAUCUCCUGCCAUGAAACGGGUUUCAGGGGCCGAUGGUUCUGGAUCUAGGAAACGUGCAAAGGAAGACGAUGGCUCAGAAGAUAUGGAUCAGACGGCAGUGGUUCCGUUGGAAAGAACCACAGAUCUUCAAACUGGUAGAAGGUUCAGAAAAGGCGAACUGGUAUGGAUGCGUAUAUCUACCAUUACACCACCUAUCGAUCAUCCCAAAAAAGGGUUACCGUCUCUGACCCAUUGGCCAGCUCUGAUCGCCGACAUCAGGACGGCUACGAAGACGAUCACUGAGGGAGCAACAGAUGUGGCUUGGACAUCAGCUAUGGGUCCCCCUCCACCGGGAGUACAAGUUAAGACAGUUGUAAAACAUAUCAUCGAACAUCAUCUCCGUCCCCUUGGAUUAUUCGCACAAGCAGACGAAGUGGUCAAAAUCUCAAAAGAUCUUCUACCGUGGCAAUUAGGGAAUGAGUUGUUGGGUGGAGCAGAGGGAUGGCUCGCGUUGGGCGAAGAAGGUACUAGGAUCAUCAAAGAAUCAGUGGAGAAAGAGACAAAAGCGGACGGAAAGACAUCACAUGAUUUGUCAUUGGAAGAAAGAUGGAGGGCGAAAUGGGGUAAAAGGUGGAGAUUUCUUGAAUUGCCACAGGAGUGGGAACUGCAAGUUUUUCGGAUUGGUGUGGCUUUGAAAACUGCACAUGCCAUCACCAAUUCCUGGACACAGACCGACCGUAUAGAAGCCGAUGUCAUUUUCGGUGCAGAGGUCAACCCUGAGGAUGCGAGGAAGAUCAUGUCUCAAGAAAAGACAUUGUAUCAGGGGUUAUGGUGGGGUGGUGAGAGGAUAUGGUGUGAUGAUAUGGUACGAUUGAAGAAAAAUCGAUCGGAAUUGCCAGUGGGCCCAUUGAAAGCUCCUUCUCCUGGGUCAGAAGAUCGAGCAGUGUUGCUAAAAGUUCGCGUUAUCACGGUUGAAAUCACCCCAAGUACAGAUAAAGAAACCUCAUUCCUUUGCUUAUGUUAUGGCGACUUGUUCGAAGUAGCCGACGCUAGUAGUGAAAAGUCCACCACCCCAUCACAACCUCAACAGUCCAGCCAGCUCCUAACGGAUAAGCCUCCGAAAGGGUACGAAUAUCGACAGCUCAAUGAUCCGGGAUUCGAGGUGACGUGCGAUGUCAUAGAUAUUGCCGGUAGACUUUACUCUGAUCUUCUCGAUGCUAAAACCCAAACUUUCUUCCUUGAUCCUGAUUCACCCGACUUGAAGAAAGGCAGGAUAGCACAUGGUAAUUCUGUCAAAGCUCUCUUAGGGCUUAAACCAGGUAUGACAACAGCCAGCAAAUCUGAACAUUGGAUGGAGGAUCUAUACGGCAUAGUAUCAGAGGCCAACAGAAAGACAGAAAACGACUUGAAAACCUUUUACGGGAAAUUGUUGAUGGAACGCGGUAUCAGAUUCCCUAUUCGCAAAGCUUCAAAUGGUACAGAGGUCAUUAAUACAGUGACCAAUGGUGUACCUUCCACUUUGGCCGAAGCGAUCGGUGUCAAAUGAAUAGGAGCAAUCGAUUGUUUAGCUGGAUGAAGGAGAAAAUGAUUAUAACGAAGUUUUCGUCUAUUCUUGGUGAGACGAGUGAAUAGAUAGAUCAAUUCUAGCAUAUGUAAAUAUAUUUGCUUGU